AUGGACAGAGAGAAGGAGAGGGAGAUAGAGUUAGAGAGUGCAAUGUACACAAACUGUUUGUUAUUAGGUCUGGAUCCGAACAUAAUCGGACUUGGACCUUCAUCAAAUGGUACUCCUCGGGUCGGACUUUUCCGUCACUCUAACCCUAAACUUGGUGAACAGCUUCUUUACUUUAUCCUGUCCUCUCUUCGCGGUCCUGCUCAAUCCGCCAAAGAUUUUGAUAAGGUGUGGCCGAUUUUUGAUUCCGCUCAGUCACGGGAUUUUCGUAAGGUUGUGCAAGGGAUAAUUAGUGAGCUUGAAUCUCAAGGGGCACUUCCAAGGAGUAAUUCAAGGGUUUCUUCGCUUGCUACUUGUUGUGGACCGAGAGAGGUUCACAGGCGGACAUUUGCAGCUGAUGUGGCUUCAAACCCACUUCCUGCUUCAUUAACAGACGUAGCCUUCCAACAUGCAGCUACAUUGCUUCCUGUGACAAAGGCAAGAAUAGCCCUUGAAAGAAGGAGGUUCCUUAAAAAUGCAGAAACUGCAGUACAGAGACAGGCUAUGUGGUCAAAUUUGGCUCAUGAGAUGACUGCAGAGUUUCGUGGUCUUUGUGCUGAAGAGGCUUAUUUGCAGCAAGAGUUGGAAAAACUGCAUGACUUGCGGAACAAAGUGAAGUUAGAAGGUGAACUGUGGGAUGAUCUUGUAUCGAGUUCUAGCCAGAAUUCACAUUUAGUUUCAAAGGCUACUCGCUUGUGGGAUUCUAUACUAGCUCGUAAAAGCUUGCUUUCUGAAAAUAUUCUUAGUGCUAGUAGAUUUGGCGAUGAUCAGAAAGACGGUAAUGCGCUUUUGGAACUUGUGUCUUCUUAUUUAGGCCAACAUGAAGUUCUUGCUUCAGGGCCAAUUGAGGACCUGAUAGCUCAUCGGGAGCAUAGAUACCGCAUAUCUGGAUCAUCUUUGCUCUCUGCUAUGGACCAGAGCUCUCAGGUUUCUUAUUCAGAUAAACAUUCAGAUGACAAAGAACAUAGUGAUAGUUCUUAUGUUAACUUAAAUAGGGAAAAGUCAAAGAACAGUUUGGAUUCGUCCCAUCUGCAAGUAAAUGACGAGAUACAUUCUCGAGUGGAUGAUAGAGGUGGAAGAGUCCAGCCCACUGUUGAUGUAGCAGAAAUCAUACGGCGUUGGACACAUGCAUUGCAACGUAUUCAUAAACAGUCGCUUCAUCUGGCAAAAGCUAAUGAUGGAGAAGGUCCAGAUAUAUUAAGAAGUGCACUCGAUGGUGGUACUAGUGGCCAUGCUGAAUCUUUAGCUGCAACUCUUUCAGAACAUCAGCAACACCUGGCUAGUUUUCAGGGGCUUAUUGACCAACUUAAUGAAGUUGUUCCAACAAUACAAAAUUCAAUAUCAGACUGUACAGAGAAAGUAAAUAAUAUUUCUUGCCAGCCACCAAUGGCAAAGCAUCGCGGUCGAGCAACUUCGCCUAUACAAGCUCAAAGCAGUGGAAGGACCACGGAAAGUAGCUCCGAUGAUGUUGUGGAAGUGACUUCAAAAAUUUCCACGGUUCAGCUUGACAAAGUAUCUGCUAGUCCUCCUGCUUUAAAGCUACCACAGUUAUUCAGUUUGACCCCAAAUUCUUCUGGAAAAGUUGCAAACUUGCAGAAGAGACAAAUGUUAGUUCCCCAAACCGUCCAAAUGGAAAAUCUAUCUGAAAGAAACUCUCUGGACCAGCCUUUAUCAAAUAAUCAUGUAGAUAAUCCAUUGCAAGACGGAGAUAAUUCUUAUGUUCAAAGCUUAAAGAGAUCUGUAAGAGAAGCUGCUCUGUCUAUGCAAUCCUGCAAUUCAGAAUCAUCUCGGGACAGUCAGUCUGAUGAAAGUUCUGAGCACUUCUUUUUACCUCUUUCAUUGCCUGGAUUUUCUAUGGUCCCAGAAAACAAAGUGGUCUUAACAAGAAGUAAAAGAUUUUCUGCAUCUCAAAUGAGCACUGCCUUGGUUGAGAAACAUGCUCGAGAUGGCCAUGCUGGAAGCAAGCACAAGGAGUUCCCUGAAACUUUAAAUGAUUCAGAUUCACUUACUGACUAUGACCAUGUAAAUGGCUUCCUCUCCGCUGCUGGCUCAAAUGGUGCAUUGUCUGAUGGUCAGAGGUCCUUUUUUGACAUUGCAGAACCUCAUGAUCAAGUUUUCUCGCCUCCUUUGCUGUUAGACACAUCCCUUUUACCAGAUUCAUACGAGGAUUUGCUUGCUCCACUGUCAGAAACUGAAACUGCCUUGAUGGAGCAUUGA